ACAUCUAACAACAGCACCAUGCCUGAUAUAGAGGGUGCAAAGUCCCAUGCCGUUUUCCUUCGGACAGCAAUUUCUCCGGCCACAGGUUGCCCCCACAACUGGAGUAAAUUCGGUCAACGCUGCUUCUUUCUUGAGAAAGCAAGAAGGACUUGGGCUAAUGCUCAGCAAUUCUGUAAGACCAUUGGAGGAAACCUGGCAUCCAUCCACAGCGCAGAGGAGUACAAUCACUUACAGCAGAUGACAUCUGAACCAACAUGGAUUGGAGGCUCGGCUUGCCAAGAGGAAACUAAUUGGUUCUGGACUGACGGUACAACUUUGGAUUUUACGUUCUGGUGUCCAGCACAACCUGAUAAUACCAAAGAGCAGUGCUGUCUGCAGAUGAAUACUGGAGUUGGCCAAUGCUGGGAUGACGUAGGUUGUAGCAGUAUGCAACAGUCAAUCUGUGUCAUGUCACUCAUAUGAUGCCUGAGCCGACGCAGUGGCAUGCAUUCCAAUCAAUCCCACCAACACUGAAACCACCAAGGGCGUGUGAUUGUGUGUAUGUCUGUGUAAUCAUCUGUGUUUGUGUCAGAAUCCUUAAAGUUUUACAACAAUUAUCACAUCUUUAAUUCUUUUCUACUGUUACUUACUGCUACUGCCUAAAGGAUGACAGGACAAGUGAUGUAAACAGGAGCUGGAGAGCCUCUUAGAGCUUUCAAUAAAAGGAAAUUGAAUUGAAAUUGUUUAAUAAAGUCAGGUACUCUUUCAUGUAUCAUGUCAAAUUAAACCAUGCAUUGACACACAC